ACCCAAAUCAGAGAUCCCGUGAGCCGCGCCUUGGCGCCGCUCAGAGAUCCCCGCCACAGCCGCUCUCUUCGGUUUCUCCCUCUCGUUCAAAAACCGCCACAAAUCAGAGAUCCCCGCCACCGACGCUCGGAGAUCCCCACCGACGCCGCCGCUCUCUCCCCUCAAAACCCUAUCCUUCGCCGCCCUGAACUGCAGCCACGCCGCUCUUUCCCCUCUUUUCCACCGCCCGGAGAUCACCGCCGCUGCCGCUCCUAUUUUCCGCCGUGAUUUCUAAGUCCUUGGCGAAGCUUGAUUCCUAAGCUACAGAAGAUUGUCGGCGUCACAGAGGUCCUCAGUUUGCGAAAAUGACGAGUAGAUUAUGGAGGAUGUAUGCAGAAAGAGAGUUUUACAAGUGGGAGAAGACUGUGCUAUGGGAUAUGAUCGAACCCUAUAGGCGUCCUAAGUCAUUUACGCCUCUCGUAUCUGUUUAUGUUGCUGCAUUUUAUAGCGGAGUUGUUGGAUCUGCCAUCACUGAGCAACUCUACAAGGAAAAGUACUGGGAAGAGCAUCCAGGAGAAUUGGUACCCAUUAUGCCCCCGAAGUUCUAUUGGGGUCCUUGGAGAGUGAUGAAUGGAGAAGUCCCCAGAUACAAUGUUCCAAAUGCCGCAAACCCUCAAGGCUAAGGGUGUGUUUGGCGAACUCUUAAAACUAGCUAGGACUGAAGCGGCCUGGUUCUUCUUAUGCUGUUCCUAUCAAAUCAUGUAUAUUGUGGUUCUUGCUUCUCUCAAGUCUAGGAUGCAAUAUGAUAAAACGAAAAAAGAAAGAAAGAAAUGGUUGUAUGCAAUUCUUAUGGUUUACAAAUAACUUGGCUUUCUUUAAGCUUGAUCUUAUUGAUGAUUGAUUAAAGAGUGUCUUCAAUCUUACAAUAAAUGAACUUGCUGCCUUAUGGUUUACUAAAUCUUAUGAUAAAUUAUUUUA